AUGACGGAAUACUGGAAAUCCUCCCCAAACUACUGGUGCAAGCACUGCGCCACGUUCGUCCGGGACAGCAAGCUCGAGCGAACAAACCACGAAGCCACGGCGAAGCACCAGAACGCCAUCAAACGCUCCCUGCGCGACCUGCACCGCACCCAUGAGCGCGAGGAGCGGGAAAGAGAGCGAGCGCGGCGCGAGAUCCAGCGCUUGAACGGGGUCGUCCCGGCCUCCCCCGCCGCGGACACGUCGCACCACCGAGGCGGCGGCAGCAGCGCCGAGCCCGAGGUGCACAAGCAGCGCGAACAGCUGGCGCAGCUGGGCGUCUCGAUACCCAGCGCGUUCCGGGCGGACAUGGCCAUGCCCGGCGAAUGGGUCGUCACGAGCUCGCGCGUGGUCGGGCCGGAGGACGGCGCGGAGGCGGGCCAGGAGAAGGCGGCCACGGGGGUCAGGAAGCGACGGGAGACGGAGGAGGCGCGGGCGGAGCGGGACGCCGUGCAGGGGCUGUUCAAGAGGUCGCGCAAGUGGGGGCGGGAGAGCAAGGCGUUGCGCGAAGGAGGCGAGGACGAGGAGCUGGACGCGCUGCUGAGCGGGGCGGUGACGCUGAAGAAGACGGGCGCGAAGGGCGAGGACGAAGAGGAGGUGCGUUUGGGUGACGGGGAGGGUCUGGUGAAGGAAGAAGCGCGGGACGAGUGCGGCGGCGUGGAAGCGGCGGCGGCGGCGGAGCGGUCAAGCGGCGGAAGCAAGGUGGAGGACGGGGCCGAGGCCGAGGCCAAGGUCAAGGUCAAGGUGGAGGAGGGCGAAGCCGGCGCAGGGCCGGUGGUGUUCAAGAAGAGGAAGCCGAAGAGCCUGCGGACGAGAUAG